AAUUAAUAGGGUAAUCUUUUUUCUGCAGGUAAAUUGGUUGUAUUUAUAUUCUGAGGGCGAUGUUUGUAUUGAGAUUUGCGUAGGUCGGCAAAUUUUUUCCCACGGUCUGCGUCACUGUUGUGCAGAUCGAUAAAAACUAGCGAUAGAUAACUCCUCAUGCUGUGUUUGUAGUAGUUGUAAUUGUUGCGAAAAUCGUAGCCACAGAUUUGUGAUCUUCUCCUUGUUGCUUUCUGAUUUGAAAAUUAGUCUAUCUCCUUGGGGAGCGGAUAGAUAGUACUGAAGUAGGGAUUCGCUGUUUUGACGUUGAAGGAACACUGUCCUUCGAUAGCCUUCAGAGGAGGCCAAGUAGGGGAAUUUAUGUUGUCGUUGCAGUUCUGGGGUUCCUCUGUUUCAUUGUCGCUCUGUCUUUGCUCGGUCGUUCGUUCUGUGCUCUUCUGCUCUGUAAGGCAGGGCUUGAGUCUCGUAAAUCCGACUAUCUCGAUGCGUUUGAGGCCAAAAAGGACUUGUUCUGAAGUAGUGUGUUUUGGUGACUUUCACAUACAGCGAUUCUCAUCCCUUUUCAUCUUUUUAAGAGGGCAACUAAAAAUUUUGAGAGGCUUCUUCCUUUCAGAGAGGUUUUAUUUUAACUUGUGAGAUAUAUUUAGAGUUUUGUGGUAUUUUGAGAGGUUUUUUCUGGGUUAAUCUACUCAGAUGACCAACGCUCUGAAACAACUCACAAAACCUGGGAACCAGAUGAAUUUCCCCAAAAUGUUAAAACAAAAGCAUCGUGCCGUUCCUCCUCGUACGAAGCCCCUAGUGUCCAGAAAAGUGCGUAUUUUUUAUAACGAUCCUGAGGCCACAGAUUCAUCUUCAAGUGAAGAUGAAGAUGGGUGGGAAAGUAGAAAGUUGAAAAGGGUAAAACGAUGUGUUCAAGAGCUCACUCUACCUCCAGUUGCUGAGAAGCUCAAACUUAUUGAAACUGACGGCUCUAAUCGUAACUUUAAUGGCAAGGGAGGUACAGAUUGUGAACCAGUUAAACCCACUCCACGGAAGAGACGCGCCUCUUCGCAAUACAGAGGCGUCCGACUCAGAAACUCAGGCAAAUGGGCUGCGGAGAUUCGUCAUCCUAUCAAGGGUCGUAAAUGGUUGGGUACUUUUGAUACCCCAGAGGAGGCCUCUCAAGCCUAUGAAGCCAAAAGAAGAGAGUUUGAAGCCAUGGAUUUCUCUAAGAAGAACCUUCCUUCUGUUACUGUUUCUUCAUAUUCGUCUUCUGCGGAAGACUCAUGCAGUGUUAUUUCUCAGUCAUCACCACCCUCUGUUCUUGAAGUCUAUACUUCCAUUGGGAAUGGUCGUAUUUCAACAAAAGAAUUCGAUCAUUUUGAGUCUGCGCUUGCAGCUUUGCAGAUGCCGGAUUCGGUUUUGUCGACUUCAUCACCUUCGUCUUUGAAUUCAUCAGAGGAUUAUGAGUCCUCAGGAAAUGAAGCCAGUGAUCUGGAGCAGCAAGGAUUUUGGGGAAACACACGAUUUGAGAGCAGCAAAGAUUCAAGCAAAGGCGGGAAUGAUCUGGCGUCGGAACUUGAAGCGAGUAUGGAAAUACACGAUUUGAGUUUGGCUGAAGUGGCAAUUCCGGUAUGUUCAGAGCCUGAUGGGUUUGAUUUGGAUUGUUUAAUGGUGAAUGAUUGGGAACAGGGAUUUGAAGAUGACGAUGAUCUUUCUGGGUUGCUGGGUAAUGGAAUUGGCGGGUUUAAUGACGACGGGCCUUGUGAGCUUCCAGAUUUCGAUUUUGGUGCAGAUGAUGAGUUUGCUGGUUGGAUUGAGGAAUCCCUCAAUAUUCCAUGUGCAUGAGUGUUGCAGAUAAAAUGGAAAUAAUUGAGUUUCUGUAUGUCUGAAAAAUUUUGCUUUUGUUCUCCUGAGAAUGAUUUGUGUUUGUUUCAUUAAAAUUUGUCAGGAGAGAGGCUUUUCGAAUCCUUUGGGUUUUCCUGUGCUAUUUGAGCCGUCCAAGGGGUUCUCAAGCUUUCUGUGCUCUCAGUUUCGUGUUAAUUCCCACUUAACCGCAAGCUUCUUUU